AAUAUGUAUAUGUGUUUAGAUGCAAAGGAGGGUGCAUACUAUAAUAACAUUUUUAAAAAACUUUUUUUCUUUUCAUUCCUGAAUGAUUCUUCGCUAGCUACCGUAGUUUGAUAAAGUAACUUUCUGAACAAUAAUUUUCUUGACAUCACCCUAUCAUAUGUACGAUGAUGCCAAUCAAUUUUUUAACACUAAUCUGUUUUCUUUUAUCUAUUUAAUUUGCAUUUUCUAAUUGCAACUUUGAACUUGAAUUUAAAAUACAAUUAUAUUAAAAUAUAUCAAUUUAAAUACAUAUAUUUUGAAAACCGUCUUAUAAUAGGCAAAAUAGCUUUACGAUCAUUAAAUCGUGAGGAUAACUUUGAAAUCUGAUUUAUCAACAUUAUCAUAUAUUCAACGACUGUUUGAGCAAUCGUUAAAACUCAUGUGAUUUGUGAAUUAGUAUCAUUUCACUGUGCUACGCGAGACCACCUUUACAAAAUAUUUUGUUAUAUGUGCGUAUUUAUAGUGUGUACGUUGUGACUAGCAUAUCUGGAAACCGGCGUUCAACGAUAAUGUGGUUUAACGCAGAGAGCGUUAUCUUCAUGUGUCUGCUGUGCGUCCAGUCGAUGAUAGCACAACAUACCGAAGAUACUUGUUAUCUACCCAAUAACUUAAUUGAAGAGAUAGACUCUUAUGCGCCAACAGUGCAGCGAAUAAUUAACGAAAGUAUACAUGGCUCAUUCAAGGGUGUCACAUGGCAAAGUUUGGCGACGUUUGUUGAUAAGUUUGGCCCAAGGUUUACCGGUACCCAAGUUCUUGAAGAUGCUAUUGAUUAUGUAUUGAAUAAGUCGAUCAGUUUAGGUUUAGAUAAUGUUCACGGCGAACCGGCCACUGUACCACAUUGGGUCAGAGGCUCGGAAUCUGCGACACUUUUGCAACCACGGCGGAAAGAUUUGCCAUUACUGGGACUGGGUUACAGUAUUGGUACUCCGGCAGAAGGCAUAACUGCUAAUGCUGUGGUAGUGAAUAGCUUUGCAGAACUUAAAAAGAGAGCGAAAGAGAUCCCCGGGAAGAUCGUUGUAUACAAUCAAAAGUUUGUCUCGUAUGGAGAGACCGUAAAAUACAGAAGCUCGGGGGCCUCGAGAGCCGCGGAAUUGGGAGCCGUAGCUGCCUUGAUCAGAUCGGUAACACCAUUUUCAUUGUAUACUCCGCACACCGGUAUGAUGAGCUACGCAGAGAAUGUUACGAAAAUCCCAGCUGCUUGUAUAACUGUCGAAGAUGCGACUCUCUUGGGAAGAAUAGCAGAUCGAGGCGAAACGAUAGUGAUAAACUUGAAAAUGGAAGCGAAACAAUAUCCCGAUACUCAGUCGCGAAACGUUAUAGCGGAUAUCACCGGCUCUAGCGCGCCCGAGAAGGCAGUCGUCGUUUCUGGACACAUAGACAGUUGGGAUGUUGGAGAAGGAGCGCUGGAUGACGGAGGUGGUAUUUUUAUAUCUUGGAACGCAUUAAAAUUGCUGAAACAUCUCGGCAUCCGAGCGCGAAGAACGAUAAGAAUGAUAAUGUGGACUGCCGAGGAACUUGGCCUUGUCGGAGCGGAGCAGUAUAUACGAAAUCACACUCCGGAAAAUGGAAAUAUGCAAUUCGUGAUGGAAUCUGAUUACGGCACUUUCGCGCCUGUGGGUCUCGAAUUCUCCGGAAACGAAAUGGUCCAAUGUAUACUUCAAAGAAUAAUGAAAUUGUUAACUCCUUUGGGUGACAUGCAACUGAAGAGCCCAUGCACAUCGCCUGAUGUAUCGUUCUGGAUAAAUGCUGGCGUACCAGGUGGCGGUCUUUUGAAUAGAAACGAAAAAUACUUCUAUUAUCAUCAUACGAACGCGGACACGAUACUGGCAGAAAAUCCGAAAGCUCUGGAUAUGAAUACAGCCCUGUUUGCAGCAGUAUCAUAUGUUCUAGCAGAUAUCAGUGUGGAUCUGCCUCGACAUAAUUGCACUAGCGUGUCAUGUUGAAAUUAAUGUAAUAUGCGACGAUGGAUAUGUAAAUCACAUCAAAUUGUGUAUUCA